AUGAAACUCCAACCAGAGGAAGUGAUGGAAACUAUCACCGAGAAAAUUGACCCUACAGGUCUGAAUAUAGGCAUACGUAGUGUCCACUCUCUUUAUAGUGGAAGUCUAAAGUUUCGUGUAAAAACAGAGCAAGACGUUGAAAACUUAAAGAACGCUAUAGAGGAGCUACCAGAGAUGAACGACAAGGUAAAAAUUACAAAACCAAAGAAAAGGAACCCCAAACUAAUCCUGUUAAAUGUUCCCAAUACCAAAGGAAAAGACGAAUUACUUCAUAAACUUUAUGAGCAAAAUAAAGAGAUAAGAGGGAAAUUUAGCAGUGAAACAUUCAAGCAAGGCUGUGACAUAUCUCACGCCAUUCCCUCAAAGAAGAGAAAAGACCAUCGUCACAUAAUAGUGGCAGUGGUCCCAGCAAUAAGGAAUACUCUAAUACCCCUAAAACAACUGAGCUAUGAGUGGGGACACCUGAUAGUUGAUGACUACAUCCCCAUCGUCAGGUGCUUCAAAUGCACUGGUUUUGGUCACAUUGCCAAAUUCUGUGACCAGAGUGAAAAAUGCAGUCAGUGCACUAAGAAACACAAUUACAAAGACUGCACUAAACGACAUGAAGAACCAAAGUGUAUAAACUGCUAUAAAGCCAAUAAGAGACAACCAGAAGACUUUAAAUACCGGACUGAUCACAACGCUUUCUCUGCAAACUGUCCCCUACUAAAAAAUUACAAACGUCUUUUAGUUAGACAGACGCUGUACGAAUAA